GUCGGACCCUGUGACGUAGCGUUUACAGACCGCUCGCGUUGUUUACAGUUAGUGAGGAUUUUGUGGCAUGAAUUAUCAAACAUCAAGCACUAAAUGACUAUAAAAGUAAUUUCGGAAAUUAUGAGGAAAGAAGUUCUGUGACACAGUUCUAUUCAUUGGGCCUGGACUUAAUAAACUGGACCAAGAAUGAGUAAAUGGAGUCAUUGCGAGGCUCUGGGGGCGUCUCCCGCGAGUACAAACUGGUGAUGCUGGGAGAGGGGGGAGUGGGGAAGAGCGCUAUUAUAAUGCAGUUUAUCAGCCACAGGUUCCCUGAAGACCAUGACCCCACCAUAGAGGAUGCAUACAAGACACAGAUACGCAUUGACGAUGAACCAGCCAACCUGGACAUCCUGGACACAGCAGGACAGGCGGAGUUCACAGCCAUGCGGGACCAGUACAUGCGGGCGGGCGAGGGCUUCAUCAUCUCCUACUCCAUCACAGAUAGGAGGAGCUUACAGGAGGCGCGCCAGUUCAAGCAGCUCAUUGACCGUGUGCGCCGCACCGCCAACACUCCCGUGGUACUGGUGGGCAACAAAUCUGACCUGACUCAUCUCCGACAAGUGUCAGUAGAGGAGGGGAAGGAACUGGCCCGGGAGUUCCAGUGCCCCUUCUUCGAGACCUCAGCGGCAUUCCGCUACUACAUAGACGAGGUGUUCGCCGCCCUGGUCCGCCAGAUUCGCCAGCGCGAGGCCGAGUCGGUCCGCGGCAGCGAGAAGAAGACCAGGAGGAGCCAGUCAUUCUGGAGCCGCAUGCGCUCCACCUUCCACAAGAAACAGCACUCUGAGCACUGAGAGAGGGUCAUUGUGGGAUACUACAGUCCUCCAGUGGUACCCUUACAGCCCCAAUUCCUAGUUCCAAUUCCCACGAGGAGACCAAUGACUCUUAUCCGAGUUAGAUUAUGAGUGUUCGCAAUGAGCAAUUAAACUAACAAUCAUUACUGAAGAUAUUAGUCUUCUGCACGCAUUAGAGAAGGCAGGAACUGUGCUGAUGUACCGUAUGCUCAUUGUGGUGAAAAUUGGGUCUGGCUUUUAACGACAGCAGACGUUAGCAUUUUAGUAUCCAAUGAAACCAAUUGACUGUAGGGUUGUAUAUUUUAAAUGCGGAGACACUGUGGAGUUUGCCUGAAGUUACAACAUUUAUUUGAUGGAGAGCCAGUGAGGAGACGUUUAGGUGAAACUUUGUACCUCACAGGGAGGGAGAGAAGGGGAUGGGGGCUUGAAGAGAGGGAGGGAUGGGGGCUUGAAGAGAGGGAGGGAUGGGGGCUUGAAGAGAGGGAGGGAUUAUGGGGAGGGAAAGGAAAGGGAGCAAAGACUAGGCUAUGGCCCAAAAGGAGCAGAAUAUUGAGAAGGUCAUACAGUAGGUAAAGUGGCAUAGGUAUUGAGGCGUGAACUUGAAGUGUGAUUUAAAGGCGGUUGGUUAGGAAAUAAGGAGUAUGAGAUGUGAGUUUGAAGAUGAGGGUCCCAAUGGAUGUGGAGUAUCUUGCCAGCCAAUGAAUAGGAAAGAGAAGGAUGAAAAUAAUUAAUAGAUUGUAAUAUAGAAGAUGAUGAAAACAAGACAUUCUGAUAGCAUUCACUGUGCAUUUAGGUUCCUCUCCAUUUCGAUUGAAAAGCCUUCCUCGGUUAUUGCUUAGUGUUUGUAAGCUGACCAGCCUAUACUCAGGGUUGGUGCCAUGUUUCUGUGGGAGUGGGUAUACUUUGACAGUUGUGAACUGAGUUGCAGAGGAUAUUUAAUACACCAGGUGGUGUUGAUGUUGACAAGACAUUACUGUGCAGCAUUGCCUUAUAUGGUCCACUGAUCUCUACUUGACCUGAACGGGCUGAUAGUUGGCAUGGGCAAUAUGUUGAUUCCAUCCAAAUUACAUAAAUCACUGGAUUUUCUUCUUUAUAGAAUGGAAUUUGAUGGGCGAAGCUGGCAUUUUAAUUUUGCUCUGCCUACAACAGGGUUUUAUUGUCUUCAUAUAGUGUUUCAGUAAAUAGAGACAAUGCCAAGUACAAUACCUCUCCAGAGUGAUUCACACUCCUUCAUUUGCCCCUGACCUGUAGUGCACCGGUUGUGCACUUAUUAUUUCAGCACUCCGUGGAUCUGGUAGUGCCACAUAUAUGGAGUAUAUAUGUUUUUUGUUUGUUUUAUUCCUCUUGAUCAUGAUUGUUUUCCUUAAUUUAUUUUAUAAUAACACUCUAAAAUAAAACGGACUGCCAUUUUUUCCAAAUGUU